AUAAAAUCAUCUUCAACAGUAGGCUACGUGCUUCCUUUUCUAUAUUCUGUUGUGGGGUUGUUAGAUCUGAAAAAGGGUUAGUCUAUUUUACGUCAAGGGCUUGCAAAUUACUGCACUCCUGUGUCCAGAUUUGUGAAUGUAGCGCAUGGGCUUCUCUCUGACUACAGAAGCGCUACGGUUCAGCUUUCGGUAUGCUGACGUAGAAGAGGCAGGGUUUGUCCAAGAGAGUACGUGCAGAGCUCAGAAGUGAACGGCGCCAUGCGAUUGACUUAGCCUAUUAGACUGGGCAGGGAGUGUUGUGUCAAAGUCUCUAGAUCUUUCGAAGUGCCACGGUCUAUGGCUAGUCUAUUAAUGUACCACAUCAGCAUAUAUUAAGGACAGACGAGAGCGCAUGUGAUGAAUUUGUUGGGGCUUAGGGAGGGGGUUGGUUUUUUUGCGCUAUGGUGUGACAGACAGUGGCUUACUUCUAAAUGUAACUGUGACAGAAUGCGUGGAAAGUCUUGGAAUUAAAGGGAUCCUGAGAAUCCCGACCAAAAUGGAAAAAGACAGCAAACUGGACCAAGAACAAGAUAAGCAGUACUGCGAACUUUGCGGGAAAAUGGAGAACCUGCUUAAAUGUGGACGCUGCCGAAACUCGUUUUACUGCAGCAAAGACCAUCAGAAACAGGAUUGGAAAAAGCACAAGCUGAGCUGCGUGGAUGUUUCCGGGAUAAAUAACAACACAAAACCUAACGGUCAGACAAAUAAGCGGCCUUUGGAUGACAUAGUCACACGUAACAUGAAGGACCACGGCGUUUGCUUUCUUGAUAACUUUCUGGGUGAGGAGACAGGCUUGGCUAUACUGGAAAACGUUGUAGCUCUCCAUCAAAGCGGCAAAUUCACAGACGGACAGCUGGUCAGUCAGAGAAGCGAUUCCACUAAAGACAUUCGGGGAGAUCAGAUAGUAUGGAUCGAGGGGAACGAAGAUGGUUGUGAGAAGAUCCGUUUUCUUAUGAGUCGCAUGGAUGACCUCCUCAGACUUUGUAAUGGUAGACUGGGAAACUACAGCAUAAAUGGCAGAACGAAAGCAAUGGUUGCAUGUUACCCAGGUGAAGGAAAAGGGUAUGUGCGUCAUGUGGAUAACCCCAAUGGCGAUGGGAGAUGUGUCACCUGUAUAUAUUAUCUAAACAAGGACUGGGAUGCCAAGGAACAAGGAGGUCUUCUACGAAUAUUUCCAGAAGGCAAGGCCAACUAUACAAUAGACAUCGAACCCAAGUUUGACCGGUUGCUGCUGUUCUGGUCUGAUAGACGGAACCCCCAUGAGGUGCAGCCUGCACAUGCCACCAGGUAUGCUAUUACUGUGUGGUAUUUUGAUGGAGAUGAGAGAGCACGAGCUAAAGAAAAAUAUUUAACAGGUGCUGGAGAGAAAGGUGUGAAGAUGGAUCUUAAUAAGCCAUCUGAAGCCACCUAAUCUGACUGAAGAACUCCAUCCCCUCUGCAAUGUGCCCAGAUAAUAGAGGGAGGACACUGAAGUGUUUGUCAACAACAUAACAAUAUGUAUCAAAGACUAUGAGAACAAUGAAAGAAAGAGAUAGCAUAUAUUUGUUUCUAGUCAUAUAUCCACCUGCUGAGCUUGACCGCAGACCCAUUGUGCAACAAAGACUAUUGUCUGUUUUAUUUCUUUCAUUGAUGUGUGUGAGGAAAAGAAGAUAUAUUGUUACCCAGAAUUCUAUUUUGUCCUGCUCUUGCUGCUUGGCUGAUUUUCCCUCAGUAAGGUACAAUGCUCAGGUUUAUGUUCAUGCUUUGUAAAACAAGUUGCAAUGUUUUUUUUUUUGUUGUUGUUUUUCAAAGCAUUAAAAGGUUUUGCUCGAAGCCCA